GAAGAAAUUUAUCCACUUGCUGAGCUUCCUUUAUAACCGACGAGUAGUACAAACUACCAGUCACCGAAAACAACGACAGAGAGCAGAUUGAAACGGAUCUAUAGAUCUUCCCGCCAAAUUGGCUCUGGUGAUCUGACAUUUUAGAAAAAAUCGAUCAACUUUCAAGAUAAAUCAAUACAAAAGUAGUUACCUGACAAGAAUUAGAUUAUUAAGUAUUUCAUAUUAAUUUUUUUAAUCAUGGGUGACUUUCAAUUCAACGAGUUAAAAAGUUUAAUUGAGAAUGAGUUAGAUAGCGAUAAAAAGUGGAAUAAAGCCACAGAUAAGAAUAAUUAUCAAGACGAUGGAGGUUACAAGCGGGAAAUAGUUACUCACUAUGAGAUGGACAAAACCAAACACAACUAUGCUGUGAUAUUAAACCAUGAGAUUUAUGACGAAACAUUUGUGGAACCUUCAUCUAAGCGAGAGGGUACCAAUGUUGAUUGCAAAAAUUUAAUAGAUACCUUGGAAUUCUUGUCAUUUGAAGUUGAUGAAUUUUCAAAUUUGACUUAUAGUCAAAUUGUUCAGAGACUCAGAAAAGUUGCAGAUAUGGAUCACACUCAACAUAAUUGUCUACUUAUCGUCGUAAUGACUCACGGAGAUCUCGGUAUACUUUAUGCUUACGACACAAUGUAUUAUGCCCACAACAUUUGGUCUUUCUUUACCCCAGAAAAGUGUCCGUCACUUGCGGGUAAACCGAGAUUAUUUUUCAUGCAAGCUUGUCAAGGUAAACUCUUAGACGAUGGCAGUAUUUUGAGUGAACAAACUGUGACUGACGGAUCGUCAUUUAACUUCAACUCGCUGAUAACCGAUGAGGACUUUUUAGUCUUCUAUGCAUCUGUUGCAGAUCAUCGUUCAUUUCGUAAUGAACAACAAGGGUCAUGGUUCAUACAAACUCUUUGUCGUCAGAUGCGAGAAAGAGCUAUCAAAGAAGAUAUUUUAACUGUUCUUACGUAUGUUAUACAACAUGUUGCCUUAGAUUUUAUCUCCAGAGCACCAGAAAAACCCUUGAUACAUGAAAAAAAACAAACACCAUGCAUCAUAUCGAGACUAACCAAAUUACUUCAAUUUUAUCCAAAAAACGAAUCUGAUUAGCUUGUGAUAAUUCAUAUUAUAAAUUUUUGAUGAAAUUAUUAUUAUAAAUUUACGGAGAAAAAUAUUUAUUCUGAUUUCCAUUAGUCAUGCAUUCCGUAAAAUAAUAAACUAUUAUCAUUAUUAUUACUUAAUUAUUUUUU